AUGCCUCCAUGUACCGUCAGUACUAGUGGAUUGCCAGAACCAAAUGAAGAAGCAGCACAGACCUUUGAUGUUCAUUCUGACAGAGCUCUGUUGACUCUGGCGACGGAACUUGAUUACGAAGUAGCAAUGUCGUACCUACUUCAAAUUAACGUAAUUGAUGUUAAUGCAAGCCCACAACAUGAAGGCACACUCACAGUGAAGAUAACAUUAAAUGAUGUGAACGAUAACUGCCCUGUAGUCUCCAACAACAGCCUAGCAUUCUUCCCAUUACCUGUACUCCAGCAAGAUCCUUUGACUGAGGUGAUUGCAACAGACGCAGACAGUGGAGUCAAUAGUCAGAUCACCUACCAUACUUCAGACAUCACUCAGAUUCCGAUUGUCAAUGACACAUUCUCAACACUUCAGUUGACAGUCACUGCAGUUGAUGGUGGUACACCUGUACGUGGUACAAUUGUCAACAUAACCGUGAUGAUAAGCAACACUUGUCUUUAUGAUGCAACCAAUGAGCCUGUAGAUGUCAACGUUUACAUUGAUGUUCCAUCUGGUGGUCUGUACCUGAGGGUUCCCAGGUACUACGUGUAUGUUUAUGCGUGUAGAGAUGCCCUUGGCAUACAGACAGGUGUCAUUCAAGACAGCAUGAUGUCAGCGUCAUCUUUUAACGACUAUGCACACACAGCAAACAGAGCACGGCUGCAUGCCAAUGCCAGCGCAGAUGGUGAAAUUGGAUCAGGUUGGAUAGCAAAGACUGCCGACUCCAAUCAGUGGUUACAAAUUGACACCGAGACAAUCACCAUCUUCUCUGGGGUCAAAACUCAAGGUGUUGGAGACGUAGAAGCCUGGAUUAAGACGUACUAUGUGGAGUAUUCUAAUGAUAGUAACACAUGGCACCGGAUAUUGGAUGAAGAUGGCAGUGAUCAGCUCUUCACUGGUAACACUGACCAAGAUACCGUUGUCGUGGUUUACUUUGAUGAAGUCUAUGCCCGCUAUAUCCGCAUCCUACCUCAAUCCUGGCAUAAUCAGGUUGGUCUGAGGGUAGAGAUUGUUGGUUGUACAACAGAAAGACGGCUGCGACACUUAACCCAAUGUGAGCGUUGUCUGACCACCAACUACUGCAUAGGGGAUGGAUUACAGCGUCCUUGUGGCCGUUGUGACCCUCCGUCUGACUCAUGUGACCGGUCACCUUCAGAACACUCCUUUGGUCACGCCUUUGAAUGUGUGCCUUGCCCCAUAGGUUGGCUGUGUGAAGAUGGUUACGCUACUCCAUGUCCCAAAUACCAUCAUGGUCGCUGCAAUGAAACAUAUUGUCCAGGGACAUGUACUCUGUGUGAUCCAGGCACGGCAUGUUUCAGUGGCAUACAAUCCAUCUGUCCUCAGGGAUUCUACUCAAAAGGAUCUGAUUCAGAGUUCUGUAUACCAUGUCAGCCUGGCACUUUCAACAACUUCACCGGACAGUCAGUGUGUGAGAACUGUCCAGCCGGAUACACCAGUACACAGGCCAAGAGUUCUUGUGCACCGUGUCAUAUCACCGCAUGGUCUGCUGGAGAUGGGACGCUUUGCAAGUCAUGCUCCAAUGUGGCACAAUGUCCUUGUAUGUCAGAGACAAAUCCUUGUGGGGAAGGAGUUUCUUGCAUCAAUGAGGGAGGAGGGAGCUACAUCUGUGGCGAUUGCUACGCUCAGGUAGGAGAUGGGUGUGCUGACAUCAAUGAGUGUUUCUUGGCAAAUCCUUGCUUUGACAACUGUACCAACUUGUCUCCAGGCUACGAGUGCGGUGCAUGCCCACCAGGCUAUGUGGGUAAUACACCACAUGGUAUCGGCAUGGAGCAUGCUCAAGCUAAUCCACAGGUUUGUGAAGAUAUUGAUGAGUGUGCCAUUGAUAAUGGAGGAUGUGAUGCCAGCGCUGGUUGUGAAAACACAGCGGGAAGCUAUAGUUGUGGGUUUUGCCCACCUGGUUACCUAGGCAACGGUAAGAUUGGUUGCAGCCCUGGUGAUUACUGCCUUUUAGGUCAAGAUAACUGUCAUGAGAAUGCUACGUGCAUCACAACAGGUGCUGGCACUUUUGUCUGUGAGUGUGACAGUGGAUGGGCAGGUAAUGGUGUCUAUUGUGGAGUGGAUACAGAUCUCGACGGCCGACCAGAAUUAACACUUCUGUGCAGCGACACCUCCUGCAAAGCAGAUAACUGUCCCCAACAUCCCAACAGUGGACAGGAGGACACAGACAGCGACUCCAUUGGUGACAUCUGUGAUAAUGAUGAUGACAAUGACAGUGUCUUUGAUACUGUGGACAAUUGUCAAUAUGUUGCCAAUACCCUGCAAGGAGACACAGAUGGUGACGGUGUCGGUGAUGCUUGUGAUAAUUGCCUCUCCAAUAGUAACUCUGACCAGUCGAAUAAUGACAAUGAUGGCUUGGGUGAUGUAUGUGACCCAGAUGAUGAUAAUGAUGGUCUUGAUGAUAGCAGUGAUAAUUGUCCAUUCGUUGCCAACGUGGCUCAAAAUGACACGGAUAGCGAUGGUGUAGGUGACGCGUGUGACAACUGUCCUGAUAAUGCCAACACUGCACAGACUGAUUCAGACCAGAACGGAUACGGUGAUACAUGUGAUGUCAUUGGUGGCGCCAACAAAGACAUAGAUGGGGAUGGUAUUCUAGAUUUAGACGAUAACUGCAUCAAUAUUCCCAAUGCCGAUCAGACGGACACCGAUGCUGACGGUGAUGGUGAUCUGUGUGACAGUGACAAAGAUGGCGAUGGCAUCUCAGAUGAAAGUGACAACUGUCCUUAUGUUUCCAACAGUGGACAGGAAGACACAAAUGGCAAUAACUUGGGAGAUGUCUGUGAGACUGACUAUGACAGUGAUGGCAUUGUUAACAGCGAAGACAUCUGCCCUAAUAGCAACAAGUACCAAGCCACUGAUUUUGCCACGGAUUACAUCUCAGUAGAAUUGUAUCCUGGUUUAGUCAACGCUACCAGUCCAAUCUGGGUUGUCACUGACAAUGGAAAGGAGAUUCGUGAUAUUAGCAACACCAUUAUGCCAUCCAUGUUAGUCAGCCAGGUUUCCAUGGCAUCCGUUGAUUACUCUGGUACCAUGUUUGUCAACACCAACGAGGGGAAUAAUUACAUCGGCUUUGUCUUCGGUUACCAAAGCAACCGGAAAUUCUAUGUUGUGAUGUGGCGACAUGAGAACAUGAACAACCCCAGAAACAAGGGCGGAAUUAGGGGACUACAGAUUAAGAAAGUGAACUCUGCCACUGGGCCUGGCCAAUCACUGGCAGAUGCUCUGUACCAUUCCUACACCACAGCCAAUGAGGUUGAGCUACUGUGGCACGAUCCACUUUUGCAGGGGUGGCAGCACCAGACUUCAUACAGAUGGUUUCUGACCCAUAGGCCGGAUAUUGGGUUAAUCAGAGUUAUUAUCAAGGUAGGAGAGUUGACCUUGACUGACUCCGGAGACAUCUAUGACUCUUCUUACCUUGGUGGUCGGCUUGGAGUUUUUGUCUAUGAUCAAAAGGAUGUCAUAUGGACUAGACUGAGUUACAAGUGUGCAGAGAGGAUCAAUCAAGCUCUGGAGUUUGAUGGCACUGAUGAUUAUGUCCUCCUACCUAGCUUAGACACCUUGCAGAUUACUUCUAGUUUCACCCUCGAAGUAUGGGUGCAUCUGCCAUCUAGCUACCCCUCUACCAACGUACCUGUCCUCUGUACCUUAGAUGGGAGACUCUGUAUGUUCGUUGAGAAUAGGAAUGUCAAGGGCCAAGUUGGGAACCAAGUGGUGACUGGGACUACUACCUUACCUGAUUCUACUUGGAAACACCUUGCAAUGAGAUUUGAUGCCCAGAAUAGAGAAUUGAGUGUGUUUAUCAAUGGAUCAUCUGAGGCUACAGCAACAGGUGUUGAAACUCCCAGCUGGGCUAAUAAUACUCAGCUGUAUAUUGGUAGAAACGAGAACAGUUCCUUCUCUGGUAUCAUGGAUGAGGUGCGUGUCUGGGGUGUUAGUUUGUCUGAUGCAGAGAUUGUAGAACAUAUGCAGCUGGCUAGCUUGGAACGACAGAAACAUAAAGACUUACUCGAUGCACACUAUAAUAUGGACAAUGAGGAACAAGGAUCCAGUAUGCUACUGGACCAAGGCCUGUAUUCUCAUCAUGGUCUGAUCAUGGGCAAUCCUGUCUUCACACCAAGCCUAGUCGAUCAGGGUCGUUUUCAGGUUACAUACCCUGAGAAUCGACGAAGGCGACGAAGAAGCGUGGAAUAUCACUACGAAGAAAACCACACUGAACUGUAGAGUGGAAAAUGGUUGAAGGUGUUCACUGUACUAGUGUGAUUCAAACAAAAACAUUGGGAGUCGUACAAGCCAUUUGUGACCUGGCAUGACUAAUUGGGAGUCAUACAAGCCAUUUGUGGCCUGGCAUGACUCAUUGGGAGUCGUACAAGCCAUUUGUGACCUGGCAUGACUAAAUGAGCAUGAAGUCAUAUUCCACUCAUUCCUCAUUUGAAAAUUAAAAGUCGACUAUUGAUGUGGAGGUCAAUUUUGGCAUUUUUGAGAGAAAACCGUCCAUUUAAUUCUAUUUUUUUAGCAGGAGCAGGUAUUUAAAAAGUCAUUUUCUCAGCAAUUUCGAUGAUAGCAUUAUUGGUGCCCAGUCAGAAAUUUUGAAAUAGUGUCACAUAAUGUCACAAUGUCACCUUGUACUUCUACCCUAAGUGUUUCAUAUGCAUACCACUGGAAAGCUCUCCUGUUGAAUUCAAAAAUUCAAAAUAUCUCAAUUUUUGAACUUACUACUUUCAGAUAUCAAGUUGGUUUUUUGUUAUAUAUCAUUUAAACCUAUGCAGUCACUGGUUAGAUAUUGAAUUAUAUUAACUAGCAGGUGAUGAAUGAACAGGUGUAGAUGGUUCGUUGUUUGAGUCGUCCACUCCAGGAACCAAACUAAAAUCUUUUAGCAGCUGUAAGUUUAAACUUAAUUACUAACAGGAAUUUCUUUAGAAGACUUUGAAAUAUGAGCUUGGUGGUUUUAGACCUACCUAUUGGUACAUAUGUCUACAAAAUAUGUCUAUUAGUGCAUUGCUUGUAUUUAUUAUUUUUACAAAGGGUAAAACCCUCUCUUUUGUAAGAGUUAAGAUUCCAUUCACAGCUGUUUUAUAUUUCUUUUAUAUUUUACAAUGUUUUUACAGUCAGAUUCUUUAAUUUCAGUAUUUUUCAGUUACUGAAGAAAUAAAAGAAGUCUAUUUUUACAUGCAAUUUGUAAGUUUAAAAUGAAGGACCACAAAUGUACAGAUAAGUUCAGGGACUCCUUUUAAUGACAAAAGUCAGAUGAUUGUUUUUGCAAAUGAAAGCUUACCCAGAGUUUUAUUGUUUCAAACUUUGUACUGAAUUUAGUACUAUCCUUGUUUGAACUGAAAAUGUACCUAUUAUUCUUCAAAAGUGCGUUAUUAAAAAUUUAAAAAGACGUUUAAACUUGUUAGAAUUGAAUUUUUAAAAAUGCAACAAUAUGAACAAAAUACAAAUAAGUUUAUUUGGAUUUGAACUGGAUGCAUGGUUUGUAAUAUCACCAGAGGGAAUUCCACAUCGUAAUUUUUAACCUGCUAAGAGUGUCCUCAUCAGGUGGUUGGUUCACUCGAAAUCCAACCAUCAGCAUGUAUUCAAUUUACAGGCUGUUCUGUGAAAUUGGUCAUUCCAUGAGUUUGGGGAACAAUUUGUGACGGUGUCAAUUGUUACAUGGGUUCCAUAAAUGUGGAAAGUUAUUUCCCUGCAUGUGGAUUCCAAAUUGACAUUGUUAUAUAUCUUGCAAGGCUGAAUACAGAGGUGUGAGUUAUUUUUACAGAGUAAAUGACGUACUUUAAGGUCAUGGCAGACGGUAAAAGUUACCCAUGUAACAAGAACACCGUCACAACUUGUACACCAACCUCAUGGAAUGACCCAAGGCACCCUCAGUUUCUUAUUGUAUGUGGUGUAGAGUCUUCUUUCCGUCCAACGGAUGAAGUAGGCAGACUGGUUCUUUGCCUCGGUAGGUCUUCAAUGUACGAAUGGAAUCCAAGGCACACUGUUGGCCUUACCUGUAGCAGGGAAAGAAGUUAGAUAACCCAGGAUGCUGCUUCACGCGAGUGAAGUCUUUCAAAAAGUCAUUUUACUACUAAGUUUCUUUUUGAAAGGUUAAAGUUCGAGUCAUCUUGUCUGUUUUUAAAAGUUUGCAAUAUACAUGAACCUGGUAGAGACAGACGAUAAAGGGGUACUAUAGCCCUUAAUUAUUGUCAGUCAAAACCGUUUAUCAAGGCAAUCAUUUAUCUUUGCUAUGCUGUGGAGUGAAGUUAAAUUUAUUUUUCUGUAGAUCCUUUUGUGUCAAGUUUAUUUUCUGACCAACAGAAGUUCUUAUCUAGUUCAGAGCAUCUGUUUGCGGAAAACUAUUGUCGUUUGUGGUAAAGAUGUCGAUUAUUUUUGUACUUUGAGAUAUAUUGUUAUUGCAUGAUACACAGAGUAAUGCUGAUUGGAAUAUUGAUUUUGAGGAUUUUUGUCUGAAAUUUUGUGCUUCAGUAAUAAUACAAAUUAGGCAAUGUUCUAAUCUGUUUUGAUCACCUAUAUUUACAUUUUUUCUCAAGAUUCAGUUUGUAUAAGUAGGUAAUUCAAUUGUAUUUUAUUUUGUGUGUGCAGAAAUCUUGGUAUUAUUUCUCGAGACGAGCAAUAUUAGCUGACAGAUGUAAGAUCAUGUAAAAGUUGUAAUUAUUUCAACGGAAUCAAACGCAAUAGAAAUGAGGUAAUUUUGUUGAUUUUAUAAUGCUGUUCAAAUUCCCUGGAGUUUUUCUGUUCAAAAUGUAUGCAUUGUUUGUUAUGUGAAUGAUACUUCAUGGAACAUGUAGAUGAAAUAAAACCAUACAGCUUUGAGCCAAGAAUCUGAAAGAUA